CAGCCAGCGUUCGCGCUGGCGCAGCAGCAGCAGCAGCAGCAGCAGCAGGGUGUGCAGGCGCCGGCGCCGGCCCCGCGGCAGCCGCAGGUGGACCUGCUUGGCGUGGAGGUGGCGCCGUCGCCCAACGCGUCCGCAGCUUCCAGCAGCGGCGGCGUGCCGCCGGCCCGUGCGGCGGCAGCAGCACCCGCGGCAGCGACGGCGGCGGCAGACCCUUUUGACGACUGGCACGACUUUGCGUGUGCGGUCGCGCCCGCCGUGGGCGCCAGCGGCAGCACCGCCUCCGCCGGGGACCCAUUUGCAAACUUGGGGGCACAUGACCUCAUCGGCGGCUUAUCCAUGGUCUCGACGGCGGCGGCGCCUCCGCCGGCAACCGCCCCUGCGCCGGCGCCGCCACCCGCGGCUGGGCACGGGGGCUUCGGCGGUGGGGGCGGCAGCAGCGGCGGCGGCGGCUUGCCGGGCGCACUGCCCGCGGUGGCGGUGCGGCCCGCGACAAAGUCGGCAGAGGACAUUCUGAAGCUCUUUGACCGGCCGCAGCAGCAGCACCGCCACCACCACAGCCUGUCUUUCGGCGCAGCGCCCCACAGCCCCGUCAUGUCGGCCGGCUACCCCCGCAGCCAAAGCGCGGGCGCGGCGAGCCUGCAGCAGCAGGGGGGCCUCCAGCACCACCAGCAGCAGCAGCAGCAGCAGCCCCUGCAGAUGCACUACGGCGCGCCAGGCGUGGGCGGGGUGGGCCUGUUCGGAGGCGCGGGGGCGGGCCUGCAGGCGCCACCGCCGAUGGGCGCCUAUGGGCACAUGAGCGGCAUGGGGGUUGCCAUGGGCCCGCAGCAUGCGCAGCACGCGCAGCAGCAGCUGCAGCAGCAGCAGGCAGGCGCAGCUUUUCUGAUGCCCUCAGGGCUGUGA